GGUGGGAUUCCCUGCAGCAUUGCACCCUUUAUAGUCCAUUGUUAGAGGGUAAAAGGAGAGCACACUGAAGGGAGAAGGGACAGCCUGCAAAGUGUAACCUGAGCUGUGAGAGAGGGGAGAGAGAGCUAUCUUCACCCAGGGAGAAUCACAAACCCACAGCUACAGGGCUCUGCACCCAUUACACAUGCCCAGUGCUUGGAGGCUUGGGGUCAUUCACUGCAUGGACUAGUGCAAGAGGCUGAUCCAACCCUCUUUUUUCUUUUUGGAUGAUAAACUGCAUAUUUUUUUGUCCCAUCACCUUUUAAGAACAGCACCCAAGGGUGGCAUUCAUGCUGGAAAUCACGUUUCCCAGUCGCCUGAUGGAUUGGUGUUGCCCACUGGAUUAAUAUUUUGGGGAGAUUGUCUGGCACAGGAGCAUGCUAUUCAGAGCCUGAAGAAGCCCUGUUUGAGUUUUUGGAGGGAUCUUUGAGACUUGGAUUAUCAGUGAUUUCGAACGUUCACACCAUACUGGACGUUCCAAUGAAUGGAGAGACAGCUCAGCCUGGGAACUGAGCCCCGAAAUCACUAGUGUAAACACCAUUUACCCGAACCCAUUUGAUUCCUAUUUGAUUGAACUAUGGCGAUCUCUCCCAGGAGCCUCUUGUUUUUCCUGCUUCUUGUCAAAUUGGCCUUAAGUAUGCCUACAAUUCCGGGGGACCAGGCUAAUUGGAAAGAAGAUUCUCAGAAUUCUCCAUCUGAGCUGGAGGAACACCUUCUUCUGGACCCAGGCAAUGCACUGCGUCUGUUCUGCGAUACCAACCAGAGCAACAGCGUUAACUGGUAUCGUGAGCAUGAAAGGUUACUCUCCGGAGGAAGAAUUAGGAUGGUUGGCACUAUUCUGGAGGUUUCGGAUGUAACAUAUGAAGAUUCAGGACUUUAUCUCUGUGUGGUCCGGGGAACUGGCCAAAUUCUACGAAAGUUCUCUAUAUCUGUUGUUGAUUCAUUGGCUUCAGGAGAUGAUGAUGAUGAUGAGGAUGGCCGUAGAGAUGAUUCAGAGGGUGACUUAAAUGAAGAACCUGUAAAUUUUUUCCAAGUUCCUUACUGGACCCAGCCCCAACGCAUGGACAAGAAGCUGCAUGCUGUACCUGCUGGGAACACAGUAAAAUUUCGCUGUCCUGCUGCUGGGAGUCCAAUUCCUACUAUCCGAUGGUCAAAAAACGGUCGUGAAUUCAGAGGAGAGCACAGAAUUGGAGGGAUCCAACUGCGGCAUCAGCAUUGGAGUCUCGUCAUGGAGAGCGUGGUACCAUCUGACCGUGGGAACUACACCUGUGUGGUAGAGAAUAGAAUGGGCAGCAUUAGCUACACCUAUUUAUUAGAUGUACUUGAAAGGUCAUCUCACCGACCGAUAUUGCAGGCUGGACUACCAGCUAACACCACAGUUCGUGUAGGCAGUAAUGUUGACUUCUACUGCAAGGUGUACAGUGACGCCCAACCACAUAUCCAGUGGCUCAAGCAUAUUGAAAUUAAUGGAAGCCGUUUUGGGCCUGAUGACGCACCUUAUGUGCAAGUUCUGAAGACUGCGGAUAUUAACACUUCAGAGGUAGAAGUGUUGCAACUGCGCAAUGUCUCUACGGAAGAUGCAGGAGAGUACACCUGCUUGGCAGGAAAUUCAAUUGGACUGUCUUAUCAGUCUGCCUGGCUGACCGUACUACCAGAGGAAGCUUUCUUGGAGGAGGCUGAGCCUGCAGAGUCUAGAUACAUGGACAUCAUUAUAUACACCUCUGGAUUUCUGGCUGUGGCAAUGGCCGUCGUUAUUGUGAUUUUGUGCCGCAUGCAAACGACACACAAUAAACAGCCACCUACUAUCCACAAAUUGUCAAAGUUCCCCUUAAUGAGACAGUUCUCACUGGAAUCCAGCUCCUCUGGAAAGUCUAGUGCCCCUCUCAUCCGAAUUACCCGACUCUCUUCAAGCUGUGCCCCAAUGCUCCCAGGUGUCAUGGAAGUUGAGCUACCCCUGGAUCCCAAAUGGGAAUUCCCCCGAGACAGGCUAGUUCUUGGAAAACCCCUUGGUGAAGGCUGCUUCGGACAAGUAGUGAGAGCAGAGGCAUAUGGGAUUGACAGAGAUCGACCCGAUAAGCCGGUUACUGUUGCAGUAAAGAUGCUCAAGGAUAACGGUACCGACAAGGACCUAUCAGAUCUCGUCUCUGAAAUGGAAUUAAUGAAGCUGAUUGGAAAACACAAGAAUAUAAUCAACCUACUCGGUGUUUGCACACAGGAAGGGCCAGUCUUUGUUGUUGUUGAAUAUGCUUCCAAAGGAAACCUGCGAGAAUUUCUGCGCGCACGCCGUCCUCCCACACCAGAAGAUGCCUUCGAUGUCACCAAAGUGCCUGAUGAGCUGCUGUCCUUUAAAGAUCUUGUGUCUUGUGCCUACCAAAUUGCCCGUGGCAUGGAGUAUCUCGAAUCCAAGAAGUGCAUACACCGGGAUUUAGCAGCUAGAAAUGUCCUCGUGGCUGAGGAUAACGUGAUCAAGAUUGCAGACUUUGGGCUGGCUCGAGGAGUGCAUGACCUGGAUUACUACAAGAAGACAAGCAACGGUCGUUUGCCUGUAAAAUGGAUGGCCCCAGAAGCACUGUUUGAUAGGGUCUACACGCACCAGAGUGAUAUCUGGUCAUUCGGUAUUUUAACAUGGGAGAUAUUCACUCUUGGAGGCUCUCCAUAUCCCGGAAUUCCCGUGGAAGAGUUAUUUAAACUCCUUAGAGAAGGUCAUCGAAUGGACAAACCAUCCAACUGCACACAUGAGCUGUACAUGCUGAUGAGAGAGUGCUGGCAUGCCGUUCCAUCCCAGAGACCCACCUUUAAACAACUGGUGGAACAUCUGGACAGGAUUCUGGUAGCUGUGUCAGAGGAGUACCUGGAUUUAUCUAUGCCUUUUGAACAGUAUUCUCCAGCCUGUGAAGACACCGCAAGCACAUGCUCCUCUUCAGAUGACUCCGUGUUUUCCCACGAUCCUGUGCCAACACCUCCGUGUGUCUUCAAUUACCACAAUGUUCCCGCUCUAUCUGUUCAAAUGGGGACAUGAGACCAAAGACUGCAUGGGUACCCUAAUGGGGAGGGCAUAUGGACAUUUUGAUACUUUUAAUAUUCCUCCACUUAGUAGGAACCUAAUUUAUUGAAACAACAUAACCCGUGUCUGGUUUACUAGACUGCGGGGUGAAAUAAAAUCUGUGCUGGUUUUCUGUCUUGCUGAGGAGAAACUUGAAAUGUCUCAAUCCCACCAGCGUACAGGAUGCAAAGCACUUGGAGCCUCCCGACUGGCUCUGUUUAUGAUCACAGAGGUCAUGUCUGCCACCAACUAUGAGAGGGAACAUAUUGCCUUAUUCUGAAAUCCCAUUCUAUGGAUUUGAUGGACUGCGGCUGGUGGUGAUACAAUCCCCAGACCCCUCUCAAAAGUCAUACAAAAGAACAGUAAUGCACUGUGAUGCCACCAGCCUAUAUAACAGAGAAAUAGACCUUCCGGUUAAAGGAAUUCUUGCGAUCUCAACUUUUGUAAUUCAUGGUCUUACAAUUGACCAUAAAGUGCCUGGAGUUUGUAUUAAUGCUUGUAUAUAUUUUCUAAAAAAAAAAAAUAGAUAUUUAUGUACUUUUCAGAUACAUAGGUCAUUUAAACAUUUAUUUUAAUGGUGAAAGAGAGGAUUCAUUUCUAAAGAAUUUUAGCCUCUUUGAAUUGGUUACUCUUCUUCCGUCAGUCAAAUAAUUUAUCCUUGUUUUUUGUUUUGUUUUUUAUUUUGUUUAUGUUACGGUACAUUGGACUCAGAACCUUUUACAAUCAAUCUGUUGUAAAAUGCUUUUAUACACUAUAGAUAUAUUUAAAACAGAAUAAUGUUGCUAUUUUGCAAUUUACCAAAUGUUUUCAUAUGUCAUUUUGAU